CGUGCUCCCGGCAGUAUCCUCCCGAAAAUUAGGUGGAUGAGGUGCGAGUGUGCGUGCGAUUCCUUACAGAAGACAUUGGUGACGGGGGAAGUGUGUGCUCGGAAGUUGGUAGGACUAAACUGAUUUGGUGGUUGGAAGUUGUGGACGAGUUGAGGAUUAGUGUCAGAAGUGAAGAAGCAGAUUUAUUAGGUUAUCGUUAUCGAUUGACUGAGUGCAAUAAUUCUGAGUGGAGAAUAAAGUGGUAAAUUUCGUUGUGAGGGAUAAGUGCAUUUAAUGGCCAACUGAAAUAAGGCCAUAAGCUGCAUAUGAGACGAGAACCAACGCAGGAUAGGAUAGGACUUCAUUUUUAAUAUACGUUCCACAACGACCCACACGACCGAUAUGUCUCAUUUGUCAGCAGUGUGCAUCCUGGUGGUCGUUUCGGUCCUGGUCCAGAAUGCUAGCGGAAAACGAGGCUGUGCUGCCUUUGGCCAUGCCUGCUACGGAGGGCACGGCAAACGAUCAUCACUACCAGAAAAUCUUAUAUUCGGCGGGGGUGGAGACAGCAGCAGUACAACAGGUGGGAGUGGCCAACUUGCCGGAAUCCCUCCUCUACCAUACGCGAAACUAGCUUUAAUAAACCGAAGCAGAACAUUCGACGGUCCCAACCCGGAGCUACGACUGGUGAAUGCCGAAGACAGCGACGAACAGAUGGGAAACUACGCCGGGCGGCAGGACAAAUUUGAACGAGACGUACGAUAUGCCGUGAGUGUCAUUCUACGUCAGUUGCUGGACGAUAGUCAACGCCAACCGCCAGUGGACUCGAAUAGUUUCCACCCCAGUGAAGCAAACCAACGGGAGGCUGGAGAAUCGCUGAUGGAGAACGAGCAAAAGUAAAAUUCUCCCUUCGAUGCACGCACCCGAAACGAGACUGACUGACUGACACACUAAACGUAGUAACGAGGAAAUGGUGCUUUUUGACAGCCAAAUGGAUGUCCCAUAAUAAAGCAGAAAUUUACUGAAUAAAACCCAAAGCAUUCAAAUAAAGAUACAAGACCGGAGGCAAACUUUAGAUACGAAAUUAUUAUAAACAUACUAAAAUUGGAUUUAACUGCUUUUCUAUCAGGCAGUUUUACAGAUUGGUAAGGAAACCAAUUUUUCAAAGUGUUAUCAAAUUGAUUUUCAAUAUUUGAUGGAACUUUUUCCAGUGAAAAUAAGUCCAGUUUUAUUGGGUUUAAGCUUCCAAAGAUUUCAGGAAAUAAAUUAUUUUGUUUUAGCGGAAAUAACAGAAAGUGAUUAUUAGAUUAUUAGAAAUUUUUCAUCCGUUUACUUUCACUUUCCACUGAAUAAACUUAUGUGUAAUAUCAACAGAUACGUAUUUCGUUUUCUACAUGAAACAGACAACUGAGAAUGUUUUUCUGCCAGAAACAAAAUGCGUAUAUCUGUUGAUGCACAAUGUUCAUACAGUGGAAGUAAAUGGAAGAAGAAUAUUUGUAAUUUUAUAGCUUUUAUAUGGUUUUAGAUGAAGUAAUUAAAUUAUAUUUCAUUUGUGCUUCCACUCUUGUUCUUUAAUAUGAAUACAUUUUUCACAAUCGAAAAUCUGCUGUAUUAUGUGGCCCUUUGGUUUUAGUCAAAUCAGUACGAAUUUCCGGUUUAUUCAUCGAAAUGUUACUAAUGAGUCUACGAGCAGCGAGUAUAUUUCUCGAUUAUUUUUAGGAUUUAAUGAUUUUUAUGUAUUUGCCUUCUUAUGUUAAACCGCUGGCAUGCGCCCUUAUCGUUGGAACAAAACAAAACGUUGGCUGGUUUAUGCUCUUCAAUUAGGAAAAAUGAAAUACUUCUAGUUGGCGAGACCGGAAGCUACGAAUGGAGAAACCAAAUAUGUAGCCCCUUUCUCUUUUUGCAUAGUUUCUGCUCUUAUUGUAAAAUACAUGAACUAACACCGGAAGAAACAGUAAAAUAUAGCACAGAAGGAUAGAGCAAUUUCAGGUUCCACAGGUAGGAAGCUGGACAAAACGCGAGAAAACUUUCGAUGUAGAGGUGAAAGCCAUAAUGCGUUCUCUCAGAAGAAAUGAAAAAACAAGAAGAAAAACUAUGUCAAUAUGCAAUAGUUGUUGAUGUUGUUAAAGUUAAAUCAUAAGAGAGAUAAUAAUAAGCUUACGAUAUAAUGCAAGAAAAGUGCACCCCAGUGGAAAAUAUGCACACAAAUCGCAAAUGAGCACAAACAUUUGAAAAGAAAAAAAUAUUCAAAGUAGUUGAAUGAAACUUGUAAGGCUGGAAAAGUUUCAUUUAACUAUUCGAAAAAA